AUGUUCAUUAAAGUCCGGUUUCCACCGUUUUUGUCUCAAUGUGUAUUAUCCUACCCCCAAGUUUUCAUUGUGAUUCCACUUCUAAUCACUUUCCUCAUCUCGUAUUCGCCAUUAGUAUCUAAAUCUUCUGCAUAUGAGGCAUCGAAUACUUAUCUUUCAAGAACACUGUCCACAUACGGAAAUGUGACUGGUUCCUCAGAUUAUAAUUACUCUCUCACAAAAGUGAUUCUACAGCCAGAUGAUGGGUCUAACGCAUUAUCAAAGUCAUUUCUUAUAGACUCGCUUGCUGCACAAGCGAAAAUCAUGCAUAACAUUUCAGACGACGUCAUUUUACAUUCACCUUUCGACCUUUGGAAUAACGAUAUUGAUCUAUUGCGUAACGACAGAUCACCAAUGGCGACUGUCAACGGCAAUUUGCAUAAGAUUCCUAUGUUCUUGUUCCAAGGACUGGUAAAGGUCAAUGGACGUGUUUCCUUUGCAAAUCGACUAUCGUUUACUAUUAUGUCACAGUGGGAUAAAAAUGAUGUCAUUUCAUCGCACCUAAGUCAAAACGUUGAGGAGAUGAAUAAGAUUAGAAAUCAAUCGAAUUUUUAUAUCUUCACCAAUGGAUCUACGUUGCUACCACAAAGUCAGAGUUCAACUUCACUAGAGAAUACUGAAAUAUUCCAAUUCCAUAUCUCUAAACUGAACGGUUUCGAUUUUCUAUUGAUUCUUACUAUCUAUUCCCUUAUCGUAUCGUUCUUUAUAUAUAAUAUGGAACAUAUGAAAUCUGUGAAGUCGCCUUUUGGAAUCUCGGUCGCUAUCAUCGCACAAUUGAUUUUGACUUUAUACACUGGAAAAGCUGUAACAUGCUUUUUUUUCAAAACUUCGUCCGAUAACAUACCAUGGUUUUUGAUAUACAUCCCAAUCAUGUUUGCAUCGUUAUCGAACCUUUUCAAAUUGACCAUAGAGAAAAAGGGUACCAUUUUCAUCGAAAGGGAACCCGUGUUCAUUCAGACAAGUAACGAUCAAACUAAUACACCUCCUUUUCUCUCCUCCCAACAAGACUUUCUGAACUCAAUGGUAAAAUCAAAUCGUGACACAUUAAGAACAACGUUGGCUAUGCUUAUUCUAUUGGUCAUCAUCACUCCGUUCAGUAGAAAAGUUUGUUGUUUUUUCAUUACUGCAUUACUCACUAAUUUAUUUUUGCAGAUCACUUAUUUCUGUGCCGUGUUGAGUCUGGACCACAGAAGAUUCACUUAUAAUGAGCUACUAGCAUUGAAUAACGAUGAUUCCAGUAGCGAUCUCAAUGUCUCCUUGGAUAGAGGGUUGGAAGAAACCAAUUCUAGAUGGACAGCUUGGAUUGAAUUGUUUACAGAAUUGAACGAAUGGCUUCCGAAGUCGCCUCUUCUAUCAAGAUGUUCGACUUUAACUGCCUUUUAUAUGUUAUAUUUGAACACAAGAUUCUCAUCGAUUCGUUCUUCUUCGUCAAUUUUUUACAAAAUUCUUAGAGGAAAGUUUUUCAAUUUCAUGACUUUUUCAUCGCCGUUCACAAAAGUUGUCUUCGAUAAACGAUUUGUUUCAAAUGAGUUGUAUCGUCUCAGUGGUUCUAAGAUAUCUAGCAGUAACGUACUACUAAACGAUCCUGUUAUUGUCAUUAAACAUAAUGCUAAAUUCCAAUCUUUGGACGGCAAAACCUACAAACAAAUUGCUGACAUGUACAAUUCCUCUCCAAUGAAUACGUAUAAGUUCGAUGUCUAUUAUUUUAUUGAGUUCUCGAUAUUUCUACUAUUGAUAUUAGUAUCAACCUUGUUGGUUCUUCAAUUGAUCAUACGAAAAUUGGAUCACCAUAAUAUUAAACUCUAUGAAAUUAAUAUGGAAGAAAAUAAAAGGAAACCUUCUGCAAAGGGAACAGCAUUUGAUACAUACACAUCUUCUUCUUCCUCGUCAGGACCAGCUUAUAAACAGGAUUUAAACAAAAAUGUGUUCCAUAUCAAAGAACUAUCGAUCAAUGGACACGAACUUGAUAUAGUUGAUAUGGCUACAUCUAAAGCACCGUUUGUCGUUUCCAUAGGUCUUGAUCACAAAGUUCUUGUUUGGUCACCAUUGAGUAACCCAUUACCAGCUCCUACUGAGAUUCCACUUCCAGUUAAAUUUUGGCCAGUAGUGUAUACUACGAUAUCGAAUAACGGUACCUAUAUUGCUUUUUUCAACAAUACAGGAAGAAUCACAUGUUGGUCUCGUAAGACAAUGUCAUUCAUUUGGAAUAUUAAAUUGGAAUCCUUUGAUUCUAAACCUCCACUAGAAGCGUUCUUUAGAAAAAAGACGGUACCAGGCUUCAUGAAACGUAAAGAUGCGCCAAAGACAUCAUAUAACAACAUUGGUAUGGAAAGAAGGGGAAGCGCUAUCUCCUUGAAGUCUUUGGUGUCGGUAUCUUCUGCAACGUUUGGAUCGAGCGGUCCAGGCGAUGCGAGUUAUGAAAAUUUCAAUGCCCUCUCCUCUGAUGAUGAAAACAUGGAUGAAUUCAUUUUCAUAAAUGCAUCCAACCUUAUCAAUGUUAUAGAUAAUCAAGGCAAUUUAAAAUCGCAGCAAAUUACCUCCUCAGAAAACCGUCUCAAAUCUUGUAAGAGAUUGGUCACACCAAGAAUGAAUGAAAGAUUAGUAUUGUGUGACGAAGCCGGAGAGUUAUAUGUGUCAACAGUGGUAAACAAUAAAUGGAGAACAAGGAAACUAUUGGUUGUUAGAGAUCGAUUUAACAAGGGUAAAGGAUUGAUGACCCCACGCUCAUUGAGGAUGAAAAUGGGUAUCCCUGCCACACCAUCCGAUGAAACAUUGAAUGAUUCAUGUUCCUCUGCGUCGACAUUUGAAUCUUCUGAAACUGAUAAUACGUUGUUGUUGGUUCCUUUUGUCGGUAUGGCUGUUAAGAAAAGCGGGCGUUUUGCCGAAUUGAUCGACGUUCAAAGUGGUACAUCAAUUAAAAGAAUUAAGGUAGGAGAUUUCAUACCAGGAACUUUAAGGGUUUUCCAUGACCAACCCACCCAUUGUAGGUUUUGUGGUAGUGCGUCUGUUGCAACUUUAUCUAUAGCAUACACCUCUAUGAAAAACUCACUUAUUAUGCAUUCUUUCCAAUUGGAAAGUAGAACUAAAACUAGUAUAUGUCUACGUGUUGAGCGUGAUCCACGUGAAAUCCGUUGCUUAGGUUUAGAGUCAGUGGUGGAGAAGAAGUAUCAUUUGUCCAAUGUGGAUCGUUGGGAUGUAACCGAAAAUAAUACUUUGAUCGGUAUCAGACGUAAACCUGAAUUAAUUGUUGCUAAUCCUGAACAAAAAAUAUCUUCUUCUUCGAUGUUGCGUUCCAUCUCUGCUUGCGAGUCCGAUGUUGAUAACAAAAUCUAUAAAAGAAACAACGCGAAUUGCUCAGCUAAGAGAUUAAGCAAUUUCGAGAUCCAUAAUGUUUGGGAAGGAUGGACGAUGGAUGCCAACGGUAAAGUUAUUUUCCAUGAAAUUCCAAUCGGAAUUAAUGGACUCCUAGUCAAUAGAAUAGGACCUUUAAAGAAAUUUGGAACUAAAUCUAUAGUAGUUGGGUUUGGAAACAUUAUGAAAAUGUUUUACCUAGGUCAUGAAGAGUUCAUAUUGGAAGCUGAUGCUGCUGGAGUAAAUGAAGAAAAUAGCGGAUUGCGGUUUGUCAAUAAGAGACGGGAAAGGUUGGUUCACAAGAUCAGUCCCAACUAUGAAGUAAUGUCUGAAUCUUAG